AUGCUGGGCCGACUGUUGAACACCGCAGCGUCGACUUUGAACCCGUCGGCAUAUUCUUCCAAACCUACCCCUCAGCUUGAAUCGGUUACCGAAGAAGAGCAUACAUCCGGUCUUUUAUUUCCCGAUGCAAGUGUUCUUCGACGCUCGAAUACGCAUGCCUUUCCUCUACAAACCGCUUUCAAUUCUCCCAAUGCCUCCGCAGCUGGUGCUUACGAUGACCGCGGGGGUGUAGAGCUGGACCCUCAGAAGGACUUUCGGGUUGUGAUCGCCCAGAACUCUCUCGGUGAUAGAGAGCCAUGCAUUCUCCUCGAUACCAGGACUGAUACGGCAGAACCGCCUUCUCCCGGACUUGGAUUGGAGCCUCAGGUGCUUGAUAAUCCCGGCCAUCGGCAUGCUCGCACUAUGUCGUCUCUCUCCCGCGGGCGGCGGGGUUAUCUGUCCCAAUCAUCGUUGAUAGAGCAGAGCCCGCUUGCAGCUGCGGCUGAGAUGCGCAGAACGUCGCCAACUUCGUCUGUGUUUGCCCGCGCUCGCGGUCGUAGCUCAACAAUGGCCUUUACUGGAGGACCUCAGGAGCCCACCCACUCGCGCCAACCGACGGAUAUGAACGAUGCGGGGCUUCUGAAUUGCAUUUUUGGCAGCAGUGCUUUUAGCUAUCGAGGCUCUUCCACAAAGAUGCAUAUCAUUUCUGGUGAUGAUGAUUCGGCAGCGGCCGGGAACGCGUCACCUUCAACCCGGAACUCUUUUACAAGAUCGUACACGACAGGCAGCUCCUCGGGUCUUGCGGGUAAUAACCGUAUUGAUCACAAGCCUCGCUCCAAAGUCACAGUUCUCUUGACAAGGAUGUUCAGUGUUAAUCUGCCUGAGGCGGGUGACACAUCCGAUGGGCAUGAUUACGCUUCUUCGUUGAUCCAAGAAUCUCUCCCUGAGACUGGCUAUCCAUUUCCCGACGUCACGAAGCGCAAGAAGAUUAAGGAGAAGAAAACCCCAAUGUAUGCAGUCGCCAUCACCAUCCAAAUUCCCGUGUUGUCACGAAAUGCGGCACGGCCAGUCUCUCGAUUUAGCACUCAAGGCCAAGACUCACCAAAGCCCGGGAUGUCAUGCUCCUUGGACUCUGAUUACCGCUGGCGCUGUGGAUUCUUCGAUGAGAGUCUUGCCUCUGCGCCUGCUAGCUUGGAUGAGCGGAUCGACAUGUUGGUGGACCACUGGGACGUCAUCAACCGCACGCUGUCGCAUCUCGAAAGAUUAUCGCGAAGGGAGAUUCUCUUUUUGUUGAAGAGGGUCGACUCUACUGGAAUGCACCCAAAGCCUGCAAAACCCCCCAAUAUGCAGCGGACAAACCAGACUUUUCUUCACCUACCGGCAAAUGUCCUGGCGCUCAAUUCGAAGCUGAAAGCUGAGGCUUCUCGGAGUGCCCGCCGUAUCAGCACUGCACUGCAUAUCCCGAAUGUCAUAACAGGGCAAAGCCGUUGGGGUGUAUGGCGCGAGGAGGGCCGUUCUAUUGUGCGUAAUCUUGGAGAUAAAGAGCACAGCUUUUUCUUCCUUGUCCUGAUCACCGCUUUCUUGGGAAACCACACGGAGUGGCUGAAUGCCUUGGGUCCGGACUGGUACCGGCGACGACACUAUCUGCAGCAAAAAGCGCAGCAGGAUGCAGAACCUGCCCUUCCCUAUAGGACGGUGGUCGUCUCCCCUGACAAGAUGACUGCUCGGCGGCUUAUUUUCCUUCUAUCGGCGUUUCUCCCACCGAAGCAGCGCUUCGAACCGCUUCCUUCUCCACUUCGCCCGGGCACUGCUGCAUCAACUCGUGCUGUUUCUCAAAGCCCACCUAGCGUACCUGUUUUGCGACAGGAGCCAUUACGCAGAGCCAUAGAGCGUCGCUCACGUGCACAACGGUUGAACCUUGCUGAUAGAGAUCACAACCGAUCUGUCAGUGCUUCAUCGAAUGAGACGGCCCACCGAUCAACGGACGAUGCCGAACACGAUUUUAGCAUAUAUCGCAGAAGCUCAGAUGCUCGCUCGGUCAGAACUGUCGGAAUCCCAAUGCAUCCAAAGGAUGCGCGCAACAAGAACACCAGCACAGCGACGACCUCAACCGCAAACCCUGGUGGCGCAAUUCCAGUUCCCCAUUUUACUUCCCAAGGACGUCAACCAUCUGAUCAGCCUUUUGGAGAAGGAGUAGACAGUUUGGCGUCCGAGACUUUGUUGAAGAAUCUGCAAAGAAGCGAAAGUUCAACGACCAGCGUCAAUAGCAGUGUUCCCACGUCUGGAGGCCGUUGGGGCAGUCUCUUCAGCGGUCUCUGGAGCUCCCGCCACGAGUCGUCCACUGACUAUAGUAGUUCUGGCCGGACACCUGAGCACCGUCAACGUUCCGCCUCGGUCUAUAAUGUCCCGCCGAAACGGAACGCUCCGACGCUUGAUCAGAUGGUUGAAGAGGCUUCCAGCCAAGUGCCUCAUCAGAUCGCCAGUAGCGCGACCAUCUCUAUUCCACAACCCCCAGACGCUCAGCGUAAAUUUGAAGAGGAGACACAGGACCUAUCUUCCGCAGCAGACCAUCCUAAGAGAACGUCGCUCAAACUAGCCGUGCGAGAAGAGGAUGGAAUUGUGGACGUUGAGCUCCCGUUGCCUGGGUUUGUCUCUCUGUCAUCGUCGGGUGAGUCUACUAUGGCAUCGCCGAAAAAAACUCGCACGUCGAUAACUAGCCUUGAUGGAUUUGGAUCCACUUAUAGCAGUGGCUCGGGCUUCCACCAUCAGUCGAAAGAUAACGACGGUCCCAACAUCAAUGUCGCUGGGUGGUUGAAGAACUUUCAUGAUGACUUCGUGCUCCAAGGAGUGCGACCUUAUUCGAGCCUAGAAUCAGACAUCAGGCGUGCAAUGCAAUCCGAGCCCACUCCGAGCAACGCCGUGGCGCUGGAUACUGAUGGUUCAGAGAAGUGGGUGGAUGUUGCCACGACCUUGAUUGCAGACGUGCGCACCUUUACAGUAAAGCGGCUGCGCCUCAAGCGUCGGGCUAUUGGCGGCGACUCUGUGAAGUCACCAAUGUCGCCUCAAGGGACAUCUACUCCGGGCACUCCACGCCACGUACCAGGCGGCUCCAUGUCUACCUCUCAGAUCAGCGGCUACUUCUCAUCUGUUAUGAGUCCCGCGAUGUCCUCUCCUAGACCUCGUUUCGAUGGGUACAAUAUCGGCGAAGUUGAGGAAAAAUUUGUGGAGGAACCCGUUAUGGAUUUGGACGGUACCCUUGUUGACGCUCUUGAACGCGUGCUUGCACAAAGCGGUUCAUCCUCUAUGGCACCUACUCGAGCACCGUCUCCAUCGCGCUCUCGCAAGGAAAACGACAGACCUGCGGAGCAUAUGGCCGUCAGAGACGAUGUUCCUUCUCUUGAAGCUCCCCGUACCGAAUGUCGCCGCCUAGUUUUGGGAGCACUGGAAGAAGUAGUCCGCAGCGUGACCGCCGAGCAUUGCCGCGAGGAUGAUAGCGAGCUUAACCCGGCGGAUAGAGAACGCAAACGCACGAUGACCGGUGCCGAUAACACGCUGAGAGAGGGAGUUCGAAAGUGGCUCCUUGAUGUCGAGGAAGCCUGGUAG